GGCAUAUAGAAAAACAAAACCUCUUUCUUCUUCUCUGUCCUCCAUUAUGUACCCCCCAUUUUCCUGCAACUAGGGUUUCUGCUUCUCCUCACCAUUUCCAUUUCUUUGCGUGCGAUCUUCAUCUCUGUUGAGUUUUUAGAACUGGUUCAGUCGAAUUUCCUGAAACAAACAAAAGAAAAGGAAAAAAGUUUUAAGUUUUUUACUUUGUUACCCGUAUAAGUUUUCUUGAUUCUUGAUUCUUGACUCUUGGACCAGUGAGAAAGAAUUGAUGGCAAAGACUAAACCAGGGAAAAAGGACCUUGAUUCUUACUCUAUCAAGGGUACCAACAAAGUCGUACGAGUUGGUGAUUGUGUAUUGAUGAGACCAUCUGACUCUGAUAAGCCCCCCUACGUGGCAAAAGUAGAUAGAAUUGAGGUUGACCACCGUAACAAUGUAAAGGUACGAGUUCAGUGGUACUACCGCCCCGAGGAGUCUGUUGGUGGACGCAGACAGUUCCAUGGGGCUAAAGAACUCUUCUUGUCAGAUCACUAUGAUUUUCAGAGUGCACACACAAUCGAAGGGAAGUGCAUAGUGCACUCCUUCAAGAACUACACCAAGCUGGAGAAUGUGGGCCCUGAGGAUUACUUUUGUAGGUUCGACUACAAAGCUGCCACAGGAGGGUUUACUCCUGACCGUGUUGCUGUGUAUUGCAAGUGUGAAAUGCCCUAUAACCCAGACGAUCUCAUGGUACAAUGUGAAGGGUGUAAAGACUGGUUCCAUCCUAUCUGUAUGGGUAUGACCAUUGAAGAAGCAAAGAAAUUAGACCCUUUCUUGUGUUCUGACUGUUCAUCGGAAGAUGAUGCCAAGCGACCUUUGAACUCGUUUCAUGUUGAGCCAAAGCUGGUUGUUAGGAUCUUUUAUUUACGUCAAAAGAGAGUGGUGGGCUCGGUAAGAAGUGGAGAAUUGCAUGUUUAGUCAUGUGAUUUCUGAUCGUAUGUCAGGUUCCUUCACCCUAAAGGAAGGAGAAGGCUAGGACUGGGCAAAGGAUCUGCUUAGGUCAUGAUGAUACCUAAUGUAUCAGACUAAUGAUAAAAUCAAUGACUAAUGACCAAUCUAAGUUGAUAUUUAGUCAUUGGAUUGCUUGUAUUUUGAUAGUUUGUCUGUCACUUCCUAGUUGAAAGGAAUUCCAUAGUUGUAUCAUGUAUGGAUAAGAAGGAAAAUUAAUGUAAGGAAUAAGGGUGUUCAUGGUUCGGUUUGGUUUAGUUUUUAUUUAAACUAAUACAAAAUCAACUAUGUGGAUUUAUUAAAAUGCAUACCUAAUAGUCAGUUAUUUUUGUUUUGAUUUUGUCGGUUUUUGGACUCUCUUUUUCACACGAAAUUUAUUUCAUUCAAUCUACAAGAGGGAAUGACACAAUUUUUUAUAUGCAGGUAUAUGUUUAACCAGAAUCAAAUGAAUUAGUUAACUUAUUAACUUUUGGAAGAUCUAUAUUGAUAAAUUUCACUGUGAGAUAAACAGUUAUUCUUUUUCAUAAAUAAAAAAAUAAUGUUACAUCAAUAUAUGCUAUUGAACUUAGCUAAUCUUAAUGAUAGAAACAAUAAAUAAAUUGCUCCUAAGUAACUUUAAUAAUGAAUAAUGCAAAACUCAAGCAAGUACCAUGGACAUGUUUAUAAAACUUUUUGAGGCUAAAACUAUACUAAUUAUUUCUUUAAAAGUAAGUAUUUGUAUAUAUUUCAAGAAUAAAUUAAUACUUUUGUGUAUAUAUAUAAAGUCGGUUUGGUUAAGCUUUUUCCUUAGAUAUCAAAUGUUUAUUUUUUUCAAAUUGAAAAAAGCAAACCAGUCAAAUAUAUGUUGGUAAUGUUUGUUUGAUCUGAUUUUUUUGUUUGGUUUGGUCUUUUGGUUUUUCUCGAACACCCCUUUGAAGAAGAUGUUGACCUGAACGAAUCAGACUAACAUCUUCUUGGUUUGGGAAGAAAAGGGAAGGAAUAAAUAAGUAUUGUCCAACAAAUUUAUUGGGAUUCACACUCUAAAUAUCACUAGUUGAAUUAGCUGAAAACAUAACCAAACAUCCAAAAUGAAUAUUUUGAGGAAGAGAAUGUCGUUAAGUUUUCAACAAUAUUCCCUUGUGUUCUUGCCUAUGAAACAUCUGAUUGUGCAAUAUGAUUAUAUUUGAAUAGUUUCAUACUUUAGAUCAAUCUGAACAUUGCAAGUGGGGAAACUCAGUCACUCGCUUUUAGUAAUAAUGAAGGUUUGUUGCUUUUAUUGACAUGAUUGAUCAUUAGGUUAAAGUCUUUUCACAAACAUCGACAAUAGUUCCUCAGUCCCGUUUGCAUUGACAGUACUUCUUUAGUACCACUAUCUCCUUACCUUUUUGUGGUAGUGUUAGCGCAGUAUAAUCUUGAUUAUUAUGGCUGGGAUAAAUGAUGGUAGAGUGAGGUCAUGUCCUCGGGUGGGUUGGGUGCAAGAGGCAAAUGAGCCUCUAGGUUGAGAGUUGGGUCAUAGAACUUAGGGAGACGAGGAGGUUUGUAGAGUUAGUGAAGAUCCUUGGAAAGAAAAAGGUCAAUAUAGCCUCUAGAUGGGUGGGUACCAAGGCUCGAGAUGUAGAUGGGUAUAAACUGUGGUACUCGGGAGGAUUGGGGGGCAAGAAUGGAGUAGGUAUUAUGGUCAAAAAGGAACUCAAGGAAUUAGUGGUAGACUUGAAGAGGAUGAACAGUAUGUUGAUAGCGAUUAAGCUAGUUGUUGGUGGGCUUACUUUAAUUGUCGUUAGUGCAUACAUACCUCAAGCAGGCUUGUAUGAAGAGGUCAAACGAUGCUUUUAGAAAAUUUGGAUGAGGUUGUGCGUGGGAUUCCAAGCAUGAGAAGCUUUUUCUACGGGGGAGAUUUCAAUGGCCACAUCGGGAUGACUUCUAUGGGAUAUGACAAUUAGCAUGGAGGCUUCAGUUUUGGGGAUAGUAACAGAGGUGGUAUGUCCUUGUUGGAUUUUGUUUUUACCCAAAUUGAUUAACUACUCUUUAAAUAGCGUGAUAGGGGGUGAGGUUUAUGCACAAAUUGCAAAAGGUUAUCUUGAGUGAGAAUUUCAUGACUCAACAUAGGUUUUUGGUGAUGGACUUAGAGAUUAUGGGAAAGAGGAGAAAAAGGGUCAUGUAUGGUCAACAAAAGAUCAAGUAGGAUGCCUUGAUUAGGGGCAAAGCUUAGGAGUUGGGUGAGAAGUUGUUGGCAAUAGGGGCCUGGAUGAGUAGUGGGGAUAUAAGUAGCAUGUGGUCCGUGACUGCAACCUCCUUUAGGGAAGCAACUAGAGAGGUGUUAUUGGUCUCGAACAGUUACUUUGGUGAACACAAAGGGUUGUUAGGGGUCUUGAAGGGUUAUUAUGGUAACACAAAGGGGACCGGUGGUGGAAUGAAGAGAUCCAAGGAAAAGUGGAAGCCAAGAAAGUUGCAUAUGUGAAGCUAGUGGAGAGCAAAUAUUAAGAAGAGAAGAGGACGAACAAGGUUCAGUAUAAGAAGGCAAAGACUAUAACGUUUGGACGUCUAUAUGAAGGACUUGGAGAUAAAGACGAGGACAAGAUGGCCCGGUGUAAUUUUGGAAGAAUAGGGCAAGGCAGGGUUAGGUGGCUCACAAGAUUGUUUAAUGUCAAUCUUAAGACAAUUAGGAUGCUCGAGCACCCAAGGGUGUGACCUAGUUAUCAAUGAAGUGGUUGAGAAUUCUGAGUUCUCAGGUUCAUAACUCAAUGGAGACAAAGAAACACUAGGUUAUUCUUCCUAUCUAUUCUACCCUUGGUGGACAAAAUUAUCUAGUACAUGUUUGCUAGUGCGAGGUGGCAAGUAUCCCGUGGAAUUAGUCGAGGUGUGUGAAAGUUAACUUGGACACCACGUUCAUAAAAAAAUAGACGAGUAAGAUGCUCGAAGAAUGGAAGUGGAGUACAAUGAUCCCAUUGUACAAAAACAAGGAUGAUAUCUAUACCUGUAAUAAUUAUAGGAGUAUUAAGUUGUUAAGUCAUACUAUAGAAGUUCGGGAGUGAGUGGUGAAAGCAAGGGUAAGGAAGAGUUUCUAUUUUUGAGAACCAAUUUGGAUUCAUAUGGGGUGGUUGACUACAAAAGCCAUUUACCUUGUGAGGAGGUUGGUGGAGCAUUGUACAUAGAGGAAGAGGGACUUGCAUAAAUUGUUCAUAGACCUAGAAAAAGCAUACAAUAAAGUCUCACCGGAGGUUCUAUGGAGGUGUUUGGAGGCUAGAGGUGUCCCUAUAGCCUAUGCUAGGUGUUUAAGGACAUGUAUGAUAGUGCUAAGACUCGGGUCAAGACUGUGGAAUGUGACUUGGAACAUUUCCCAGUGAUGGGGUUGCACAGAUUAAAGAAGGGAAGUUAUAGAAUGGGGCAGUGAAGGCUCGCGAAG